CACACACACACACACACACACACACACACACACACACACACACACACACACACACCCUAAAAAAGCAAACAUGUGCACAAAUUCACACAUACGCUAGUCUAAACACUAUGUAUAAACACAAAAUACUGUCCACUUCUCUUAUCACAUACGAGCACACUCUGUCUGCACAGACCAGAACAAGCACUCAAACACACUAUCUUUUUUCCCUGUCAAAUGUGUACCCAGACAGUCACCUUCCUCUCCUGCCAAAACCCUGCCAGUCUACUGCUACUCUGGCCUUGUAAGGCUGGACAGCUGGCCUCGCCAUCUAUGUCUCGCCUCUAUAGCCUAUCAGAGCUGUUCCGGACCGCUGCUCUUCUUUGCUCUGUCCUCCCCCUCCUCUCUCCUUCCCCCCUUAUCCCCUCUUCCUCCUCCCCUCCAGCUCUCACUUUCUCUCUCUCUCCCCAGAAGACCCUUGACUCCUCCAGUCCUCUGGUUAGGCUAAUUAACUCUCUCUCUUUAUCCCUCAUCUCCUCACUCUCCCUUUCUGCCUCGCCCUCCUGCUGCUUUUCAGUUAUAUCGUGGCAGUCCAAUCAGACUAAUAACAGGCUGUUUAGCAUUCUGCUUCCGUUAGCUCUGGGCCCCUAUCGGUAGCGCUGUACUAGCUGGCCUCUCCUCGCCUCCUCUAGCCUCGGUGGAGGAACAGCCCUAAUUGCUUCGCAGCCAUCCCACUUGACUGUGCCCUGUUUUUUUAUUUUUUAUGAGCAGGCCCGGGAGGAACAUCAUAAGACACUUUACUGGUGAAUCAACCAAUCAGACGAGCCACGGUUGAUCAGGGAGGAUGGAAAAGGUCUAAGGAGAUGUGGUUUAGAUAAGCAUGAUGUCGGCGAGGACGUGUUAAAUGUUUAAUCCCACCUGAAAGAGAGAGGGCUGAUUUUGAACUGACUGACUGACUCCGACUCACUCAAGACUGGACAGAACCUUCUGGAAUAACAGCUCAGUAUCUUUGUCCUGAUCUCUCCUUGUUUUUGACCUACCACCGUGUGUCUAGGAAUGUCAGUACGGUCAUGUGACUUUCCAUUGUAUAACCUGAGCCGACGGUAUGAUGCGUAGAUUGCCUCCAGCUAGAUAUUACACUGACACAAUACGGAUUUGUGGUUUUGUUCCCUCACCACGUGUAACUGGCAGCGGUUGGGGAAAAUUGCCAGCGAAACCUCAGAACGUUGUUUUCUCAAGUUCAGACAAUUCUAAUGGAGUUCGGUCAAACUACUGUUUUUACGGGAGGGAGAAUGGAGCUGAAAAUAAUAACAAGCAUCAACUUUGAGAAUCAAGCAGACUCCCUUCACCUCACAAUCCCCCUGCCUCUCUGAGCCCGUUACCACAGCUAGUGUGACAGAUCUCUCUCUCUCUCUCUCUCUCUCUCUGUCUCUCUCUCUCUCUCUCUGUCUCUCUCUCUCUGUCUCUCUCUCUCUCUCUCUCUCUCUCUCAUCUUUUCCUGUCUCUCUCCUUUUUCAUCCCGCAUUCUUAUUUCUCUACCUGAGACAGCCCCCUGAGGAGCCAGUCAUUGUGAGCUUCCAAUGGGAUCAGCUUAGAAAGAUUGGAUGCUGACUCAUGUUUCCCCUUCAGAUUUCUCGGUGAAUUUAAGUGAAUUGGUUUUGCAUAAGAUGGUGCCAAUCAUUCCCAUUCAUUUUCUAUUCAGACCUGCACAUUUCUCAUAUUCCGAACCACACAGCCUGUGUGUGUGUGUGUGUGUGUGUGUGUGUGUGUGUUUUGGUGCCUUUGUGUGUUGUGUUUGUUUUAUUCUGUGUGUGUUUGUGUUGUCUAGUGUGUGUUUGUGUUGUCCUGUUUGUGUUGUCCUGUGUGUGUGUUUGUGUUGUCCUGUGUGUGUGUUGUAUAAUAAGCUGGAUAUAAGCGUGGUGUCAACCUGUUAGCGUUAUUGGGCUCCCGAGUGGCACGGUGGUCUGAGGCACUGCAUCUCAGUGCAAGAGGCGUCACUACAGUCCCUGGUUUGAAUCCAGGCUGUAUCACAUCCAGACGUGAUUGGGAGUCCCAUAGGGCGGCGCACAAUUGGCCCAGCGUCGUCUGGAUUUGGCCGGGGUAGGCCGUCAUUGUAAAUAAGAAUUUGUUCUUAACUGACUUGCCUAGUUGAAUAAAGGUUACAUUUAUUUUUAAUUUCAAAUUAGUCGGUUAAUCCUGGGACCAGGCUGGGGUGGGGCUCGUCCCAACUGGGCUGCUGUGACAGGCAGGAUCUCCUGGGAGGUAGGGGGAUUAAUGUAGGCUAACUGCCUCUGGCCCCUUCUGGGGCAGUCGGGAGCCAGGGAUGGGGAGGAGAACCAGGGCGGAGCCAAUUAGACUGAGGAAGGCAAUCUGAGUGCAGUAGCAGAAGGAAUGUACAGGGAAGAUACAUUAGUGGGUCUGUGUGUAAUGUAUUUGCACACUACACUGUAUGUGGAUCGUUGUGUUCCCGUCAGUGUGUCUAAAGAAGAGCUCCGAUGUCAAUCUCUGAAAGGGUUCUUAAAGGGGUGUAAUGGUUACGAUGUUGAUCAUUGAUAACCCUUAUGAAUGCCGAGCCCACUCCCGGUAAGUGUGUGACUUGACUUUUCGCAUUCUUUUAUCGGCACACUGCGGAGAUCAAUAGUUCCUUACCCAUGCAAGGUUCUCUCUCACUCACUCACUCACUCACUCACUCACUCACUCACUCACUCACUCACUCACUCACUCACUCACUCACUCACUCACUCACUCACUCACUCACUCACUCACUCACUCACUCACUCACUCACUCACUCACUCACUCACUCACUCACUCACUCACGCCUCCCAGCCUGUUUACAGGGGAUUAGCUCGACCUCAGGGGAGAGAGCCAUGCAAACAAGGAAUCCAUGUCUACCUGCCUGGAAUAUCAAUGGCAACCUACAAAAUACUGCCCUUUCGCUGUUCAGAAAUGGCAUGGGAGCAGGGACAUUUGGAAUACAAUGGGAGACCAUCUCCACAAAUCUCAUUGUUACAGGCACCUUUGCUUUCAACAGAUAAAGGCGGGGACAAAAGGUCUCUCUCUCGCUCUCUUUUUGCAUGUCUUUCUGUCCGUGGUGGCCAGAGUAAUUCUCCCUGUAGGGGUGCUGUCAGGACCUGUGCUUUUUGACUUGGCUGGGUCAGUCUGUUUUAAAAUGCGUUAGGCCUGGGUCAACAGGGCAGGGAGCAUCGCUCCUCUCUUCUGGGGGACAAAUACCCUUGAAAUUGGUGACAGCAGAGGUGAAUAAUGUGGCGGGCCUGUGACCUUGGGUUUGCUGUGUUCAGGUGGUGGAGGAGGAGUGUGUGUGUGUGUGUCUAGAUGGGCUUCUCCUGCCGCUGAACACAUAGUAUGAUCAGAGAGACACUGAAAUAGAUUUUUGAUUGCGUCAAUGUAUCUUUGUUUGAAGAAAGGCAGGCUAAUACAUGACUAUUCAGUUCAGUUCUGAACGAUGUGACGUCCUCCACUUCCUCAUAUUUAAUGAACCAAUGAACCUCAUACCAAGGUAUCGGAGCAGAAUUCACGGCUCCCACUCCUCUCUCUCUCUCUCUCUCUCUCUCUCUCUCUCGCUCUCUCCUCCUGUCUACCAUAUCCUCUGUUUCUCUCUCCCUUUCUUUUUUCAUCUCUAUGUUGCUGCUCCUCCACCCACUAGCUUAAUUACCAGGCUUCACAGUCAGUUUGCCUGGCAAGGCCUGAUGAGCACUGGAGCUGAGGGCGGAGAAGAAGGGGUGGGGGGGGUGGGGGGGGGGAGAACGGAGGGGGACACGAUAGUAGACUGCAAGCUUGCCAUCACGCACACAGCUCCAAUGAAGAACUGAGCCCAUUGGUUUGGGAAAAGCAUUGUGGAGAAUCAGGUGCUAGAUGGCAGAUACAUAGAGGUACAUCUCCACUGAACAGCUUAAUAUCGCUGAGACACAAUGGACUGGUGAGCACCUGCUCUCACCUCGCCGUCAGCUAUCCCACUGAAGGUAGCGUUUUCAUCCUGCUGACGCCAGGAUCAGACAAACAGCGAUAGAGCUUCCUCUCUCCUCAAGGUGUAAACUCAUUGCACCAAUUAAAAUAAAGAAAACGACACAUCAGAGCAACGCUUUUUCCUUUCACCAUGUCUCCAUUUGAGCACGCUCACAUUACGGCGUGCCUUUGUUGAUGGCGCUCUUGUUUCAUCUCUCGAUGAAUACAAUUGCAUAUUUAAUUGGUCUUGUUAUCUCUGUCACAGUGACACCGGUGUUUGUCGGUGAACAGCAGUGAGACAUUGUCACUCAGUUUGGGGUCUUUGUAUUCAUUACAACUGAGUCCGUGCACUAAGGGAUUUCACUGGCUCUGUGGCCCCUUGCUAAUAAACAGGGGUGUGAUAAUGGGUUAGGGAAAGAGGAAUGUGGGGAUUGGUUUAGGGAUGGCUGGCCCUGUACUGUACAGGUCCUGAGGUUGCCCUGGCAACAGGAGGACAGUGGAACAUCAAUAAAAUAAACGCCCUGCCUUUUAUAACAGAGAUAAGGGGGAUAAAUGCCGCUAAAGCAAUAGCUCUCGUGUGUGUGUGUGUGUGUGUGUGUGUGUGUGUGUGUGUGUGUGUGUGUGUGUGUGUGUGUGUGUGUGUGUGUGUGUGUGUGUGUGUGUGUGUGUGUGUCCGCGUCCGCAUCCACGUUACUGCAAUGGAUUUCUCAUUAUUCCGUCAGGAGAGCUUGUGUCUUUGUCUGCCUCUUAACUCAAUAUCACAUGCAUAAUAGAAUUGUCUUGUAUGAACAAUGUUAGAGUCCUGACAUGGACCCGGUGCACUCCUUCUCAUUUUCGACCUGUCUCUUUCUCUCUUAUUCUCUCUUGUGUCUCUCUUUCACAUUGCUAAUCACUAAAUGCUAUUUGAUUUUCUUAGAACGCUUCCUGGUUCAUUGAUCAGGUAAACCAGAGGCAACCAUUUGUGUGCCUGCUCUUGAUCAUUAUGCCUGAAUGGGGUGGAUAUGUUGACAUUGGCUUGCUUUUGGGUGGCUGGUUGCAGUAUGUUAACUGACUGUUGUUUUUGUGUUGAGAUUUACCGUCGCUGCUGGCUGGUGUUUAAGAAGUCGUCCAGUAAAGGACCACGCAGACUGGAGAAGUACACUGAUGAGAAGUCAGCUUACAUCAGAGUCUGUCCUAAGGUGACAGAGAUCAGCAAUGUGAAGAAUGUCACAAGGCUCCCAAGGGACACCAAGCGCCAGGCGGUAGCCAUCGUCUUUACCGAUGACACCUCGCGCACGUUCACCUGUGAAUCAGAGCUAGAAGCAGAGGAGUGGUUCAAAACUCUGUCAAUCGAAUGCCUGGGGACCCGCCUCAAUGACAUCAGUUUAGGAGAGCCGGACUUGCUGGCAGCAGGUGUUCAGUGUGAACAUACAGAGCGUUUCAAUGUGUUCCUACUGCCCUGUCCUAACCUGGACAUCUAUGGGGAGUGUAUGAUGCAGAUCACCCAUGAGAAUAUCUACCUGUGGGACAUCCACAACCCUCGCACCAAACUGGUCACCUGGCCUCUCUGCUCCCUGCGCCGCUACGGACGCGAUGCCACGCGCUUCACGUUCGAGGCUGGACGGAUGUGUGACAGUGGAGAAGGCCUGUACACAUUCCAGACGCGGGAGGGAGAACAGAUCUACCAGAGAGUCCACUCCUCCACCCUGGCCAUCGCUGAGCAGCACAAGAGAGUUCUGAUGGAGAUGGAGAAGAACAGCAGAUUGUCCAAAGGUUCUGAGGCGGGCUCCUACCCCUGUACCCCCACAGCCAUCCUGCCCCGCAGUGCCUUCUGGCACCAUAUCACUGGCACUCAGGGGGGCAUGGACCCAGCCCAUGGUGACAUGUUUGGUGGUUCUCAGACUGGCGCUGAUGCAGACCUGCUCUCCACCCGGCUGCCCUCAGAGCCACGCCACGCUACCAUGCCCCUGGCACACAGCCGACACUCCCCCGCCCGCUACCCCACCUACCCCAGCCAGUGAUCCCAGGGGUGCAUUGCAGCCCCCUAGCCUCCUCCACUCUGUACCCUGCACUCCUCCUAUUCUCCUUUCUCUGCAGUGCUUACCUCAACUCCAUGCCCCCUCAUCUACCCUCCAGCCAAUCAGGUUGGGUUGUGGGGAGUGGGCUCUCCGAUGGGGUCAUAGGACCUCCCCUAAAGCUGGGAGCUCUGUGAAGCAGGACGUGACAGCGUCCUCUGGUCUUCUCUUCUCUUCCAACUCCCAGAAUCCCUCACUGUGGGGGCAAAGUGCAUUGUGCGAGCCAGCAGUGGCUUGUUGCCUCUUAGUGAGCUGACAUUGUGGCAUGGUGCAUCUCUGCUCUGCUGUGGGUGUGGAGGAGGGGUGUGAGCUGUAAGGAUGUGGUUUAGUGUCCUCGCUAACCCCUGUGAAAUCUUAUUUUCUGAUGGGAUUCAGUCAGCUCUCCAAUUUACUCAAUCCCCUUCGCGACAGACCUCUUCAUGUACCUCAUGCCAGCUCUUAGCAAAGUUCAAUGUUAGGGGCUCAGGACGGCCCCAUACAGCUCUUAUUGGGGGGCAGAACAGUAGGACCCCUUCCUACCAUCCCUGCUCUCCAGCAUGAUAAGGAUUGUGGCGCUCGCUCCAACCCAUAACCUCAAUCUGACAGACACAUAUCUAAGACAACAGUUUCCUCCCAAGAACUGGCCUUGGCUUCCUUCUUCAACUCUGUGCGUGGGUGGAAGAGGGACUGUCCCUGGACUAUCAUCCAACCAAACACCUGGUCUAAUUCCACAGAGAAACAAAGGACCACUUGUCUUUCAUCUUUCUUUCUUUAAAAAAAAUGUUUUUGUUAACUUGUAGCAGACUUAACCUGACUUUACCUUGUAUACUGUUCUGUUUGAUAAAGGAAAUAGACAUAGAUUUUUCUGGGAGGAUAGAGAGAGGCAGUGAUGAGAGGGAGGGAGAGACAUGUUUCUGAAGUCAUGACUUCGUUUGUUGUUUUCUCUUGGUUUCCUGCCAUUGGGUUGUGAAGACAUCCAAGGCUGUUCAUAAUAUGGUAAUGGAACCGUGUGUGUGUGUGUGUGUGUGUGUGUGUGUGUGUGUGUGUGUGUGUGUGUGUGUGUGUGUGUGUGUGUGUGUGUGUGUGUGUGUGUGUGUGUGUGUGUGUGUGUGUGUGUGUGUGUGUGUGUGUGUGUGUGUGUACUGCAUGAAUGGGAUACACAGUUAUUGACAUUUGGCCACUUUAAAACCUAUGUUAAGAGAGAAUUUAGACAUGGUAAAUAAUAAGCUAGAUUUAAAAAUGUAGACGUCACAAAGAUGUAGCCACUCCCUCAAACCUCAUCAUUAUUGUGGAGGUCCUUGGUCUGAGGGAGACAGUUUGAGUUUCCUGUCAGGCACAAGAGUAUAAUGAGCUAGUGGAGUUGUGAUAAACAUUAUUAAUGUCCUGUGUUUUUAGUGUCACAUACUUUCUUGUGUGUGUGGGGGGGGGUUACCGCCUGACCAAAAUGGUUCUUGACGUGUUUGCACUUGAAGAUGUUUUUUUUCUUGUUUUUAAAUGUGUUUUUGAUAAAUCAGGAGCCAUUGCUCUUAAUUUGGGUCAUGUGAGGGAUAAGCACAGAUCUAGGGCGGGUCCAUAAGUUACCUGCCUCAGAGACCCUCACAUGGAGUCCUUUUAUUUUAGGGCUGUAGCCUAGAUACUGCUAGUGGGUUAUUUAGUAGAUAACUGUUGCACAAAGAGAGAAAAACAUGUUUUUAUAGCUGGAAGUAUAAAACCUGCCCUCUACACAGUUCUUACAUAAGAUUAGGUUUAUAACUAAUAAUGCUAAUUAUUUAAACCCAUCUCAACAUUGGCAGAUUUGAUUGACUAUGAACUAAGACUUUCCAACUGUGUAUUAAUUUGUGACACUUGGAUAUAACCCAACUAAUGCACCCUGUAGUUAGAGAUUGGACUAAUAUGAAAUAAAUAAAUAUAUAUAUAUAUAUAUAUAUAUAGUAUUUCACCACUGUUAAAGUUAUCGUAUGUGAAGCUUAUAAAAUGAGGUAAUUUUCUAAUCUCCUUGACUAGGUGUAAUGUUAUUUAUUUGAUUUGGCCAGAGUGGGACAGUCUGAUGUCUAAGGCUACUUAUUAAAUGCUGGAAUCCAAUAAAACACACAUUUACAGCUUCUGUAUUAUUUAUCUCAUGUUAACAUAAAGGGCUAAGCUUUUUGUUGAACAUAAUCUUUACCCUAUGUAUUUGUGUUUGUGUACAUACAUGAGUUGUUGUUGCUGCCCUCUUGGGCUCUUGAAAAUACAGCUAUUUAUUUCACAUGUGGUCUCUAGGUGUGUGUGUGUGUGUGUGAGUGUGAGAGAGAGAGAGUGUGAUGUGUAUGUCUGAAUGUUCUGUGACAGGGAUUGUCUGGGGACCGUUUCUUUGAAAUGCAUGAAAACACAUUUUUAUACUGUGUAACGAUGGUAAGAUUGAAAUGUUGUGGACUUGUUUGUCCAGAUAUGUGGGUGGAGAUUUUUUAGAGACGUUUACUUGGCACAGGGAAAUAAAGAACAAAGAUUCACCCGA